CAGGCCGCAGCGGCGAGGCCCGGCUCAACCUCGCGGCGGGUCUGCAGCGCGAGCCGCCCGUGCCGGAGAGGGAGGGGCACAGGGCGCCUUUGUGCUGCACGUCUUUUGCGUUCAGAAGAUUGGCUAGGUACGCUUCAGAGAGAUUUGCAUUAGCUCCGAGUCUAUCUGACAAGUGAGGAAACUGAGGCCGGGAAGUGGGAGGCGUUGCCAUCUGCAAGGCCACGCCACCUGCUAAGGGGAAGUCGGGGACCAAGGCCUCGGGGUCUGCGCUCCCAGGCUCCCAAUUGAAUCGGUGGGCGUGGGGAGCAAGGGACCUGCUCCAUUCCCGCCUGGCUGCAGGAGGCUCCCUGGGGGAGGAGCUCGGGACGCAGAGGAGGAGCCAAAUCAGCCUCUGGAGAGGGGACCCGAUCCUCCGGGAUAAGAGGCAGAGCCCAGGAGGAGCCCAGUCGGCCAGGCGGGCAGAAGGCUCCGGGAGCAGCCCCAUGGAAGACAAGCAGAUCCUCUGCGUGGGGCUGGUGGUGCUGGACAUCAUCAGUGUGGUGGACAAGUACCCGGAGGAGGACACGGACAGCAGGUGCUUGUCCCAGAGAUGGCAGCGUGGAGGCAACGCAUCCAACUCCUGCACUGUUCUAUCCCUGCUGGGAGCCCCCUGUGCCUUCAUGGGCUCGAUGGCCCCGGGCCAUGUUGCCGAUUUUGUCCUGGAUGACUUCCGCCGCUAUUCCGUGGACCUACACUACACAGUCUUUCAGACCACGGGCUCUGUCCCCAUCUCCACGGUCAUCAUCAACAAGGCCAGUGGUAGCCGCACCAUCCUACAUGCCUACAGCUUCCUGGUGGCUGACUUCAGGCAGCGGGGCGUGGAUGUGUCUCAGGUGGCAUGGCAGGGCAAAGGGGAAACCCCUUGUUCUUGCUGCAUCGUCAACAACUCCAAUGGCUCCCGCACCAUUGUGCUCUACGACACGAACCUGCCAGAUGUGUCUGCUACAGAUUUUGAUAAGGUUGAUCUGACCCGGUUCAAGUGGAUCCACAUUGAGGGCCGGAACGCAUCUGAGCAGGUAAAGAUGCUGCAGCGGAUAGAACGGCACAAUGCCACGCAGCCUCCAGGUCAGAAAAUCCAAGUAUCUGUGGAGGUGGAGAAGCCCCGAGAGGAGCUGUUCCAGCUGUUUGGCUAUGGAGAUGUGGUGUUUGUCAGCAAAGAUGUGGCCAGGCACUUAGGGUACCGGUCAGCAGUGGAGGCCCUGAGGGGUUUGUACGGUCGUGUGAGGAAAGGGGCUACACUUAUCUGCGCCUGGGCUGAGGAAGGCGCUGAUGCCCUGGGUCCUGACGGGCGGCUGCUGCACUCAGAUGCUUUCUCUCCACCCCGGGUGGUGGAUACUCUGGGGGCCGGAGACACCUUCAACGCCUCAGUCAUAUUCAGCCUGUCCCAGGGGAAGACUAUGCAGGAGGCUUUGAGGUUUGGGUGCCAGGUGGCUGGCAAGAAGUGUGGCCUACAGGGCUUUGAAGGCAUCGUGUGAACACCCUGUGGCAGGGGGCGCUGGCUCACACCACCCCCUCCCCGGAGGCUGGCACCACUGGCCAUCAUUACCUUCUCCCUUCCAUCCAGCCGGGCAUCUGGACCGCCCUGCUCUCUGGGCAGAUGCGGGCUGUGAGGAGGCUCCGCCUGUGUCCUGGUGUCUCAUGCUACUGAGCUGCAGAGCAAAUAAAUCUCCUGCCCCAGACCUGG